AUGGCGACUCUCUGCUCUAUCUCAGUGCCUUCUACCCCAUACAAUUCGCUCAAUUCAAACCAAAUCCGAAAACUCCCUCCAAAUCUCUUGUGUACAAUACCAUCCACUCUACCCAUUUACCCAUUUCGGACCCCCAGAACCCUAUCAACCGAGGCAACAUCGUCAUCGACCAGUCCUACAGUGCAAGAUGGGAUAGCAAAACAAGAAUCCAUGAGCAUCGACAGCCUUCAACGUUUCAUCGACCUCAAUUUGGGCAAUUGGCUUGGUUCUUUCCACCAAUUUGAUCCUAAAGGGAAUUUGAUACAUACAAUUAGUACGAGGCUUGCAGCGAGCUCUUACGGGGAUGAUGAACUCAUCAGUUUAAUUCAAACGUUAUACAUCAAACAACCUCCAUCAAGCUUUUCAAUUUCAGGAGAUGAUUGUGAACCUGAAUGGGCAGAGUACAAAAUCAAAGAAACCAACAUGUUUACUGUGGACAAAUACCAACAGAUUGGUUUUUUUCCCAAAGAGAAGGCAUUUUCAUUAAGAUACCAGACAGCUGGCAUGUUAGAAACUGCGUUAAGACAAGGGGUGCUGGGAGAAGAUGACACUGGAGAAGAGUCACCCAGAAAUCUAAAGCUUCCCUCUCCUCUGCCUUCUAUUGUAUGUGAGAAUUGCCUUUAUUCAUUAAAGGGAGAUGUGCGAGUAAGAGCAUUCCAUAUUAUGGACCCAAAGGGGAUUCUAGAGAUGAUUAUUAUCUUCCUUGAAGAAAGAAGUGGUAAAGUGCUUGUUUAUCAGCCCCUUAACAAUUUUAAGGACAAUAUAGACAGGAUUAUACCAUAUCUUGGUAAAUGGACAGGCCAUUCCCUUACAAAGCGCAGUGGUGUUUAUGGAGCGACAGUUGAUGAAGCUGAUACAACCACUGUAAUUGAGAUUGACGAUGAGGGCCACUUAAUCCAGGAUAUAACUUGUACAUCCAAAGGACGUGAUGUUACGACUAAUGUACAUUGGACGGGUACCAUAUCUGAGAACGUGGUCACAUUUGAUGGCGGGUUUCAGAUUACCUUAUUGCCAGGGGGCAUGUACAUGGGAUGCCCAUGUGACGUGGCAAAGUGCGUGCGAGAGUACAAGCCUUUCCAUUUGGAGUUCUGUUGGCUUGAAUCACCUGGCAAGAGACAGAGACUCAUCCGCACUUAUGAUGUGGAAGGCAUGGCUGUCUCAUCAACAUAUUUUUUUGAAACUAAGCUUUGA